AUUUGCAGCUUACUCCUAGCGGAGAGGUCACAAAACAGAUUGGAGAGGCCCUGCCUGUGUCAUGCACGAUUUCUUCGAGUAGAAAUGCAACUGUGUUUUGGAUAAAGGACAAUACCAGAAUGCAAACAAGUCCAUCAUUUUCAAGUCUUCAGUAUCAAGAUGCUGGAAACUACAUCUGCGAAACUACUCUACAGGAGGUAGAAGGGUUAAAGAAAAGAAAGACACUUAAACUUAUUGUGGAAGGAAAACCUCAAAUCAGAAUGACAAAGAAAACCAACACAAAUAAAAUGUCUAAAACAAUUGUCUGCCAUGUGGAAGGUUUCCCCAAACCAGCAGUGCAAUGGACAGUUACUGGUAGUGGAAGCAUCAUAAAUAAAACAGAGGAGACCAAAUAUGUUAAUGGAAAAUUCUCCAGUAAAAUUGUAAUUGCUCCCGAGGAAAAUGUGACUUUAACUUGCAUUGCAGAAAAUCAGCUAGAAAGGACUGUGACCUCCCUGAACGUCUCUGCUAUAAGUAUUCCAGAAUACGAUGAGCCAGAGGAUAGAAAUGAUGACAAUAGCGAAAAGGUUAAUGACCAGGCAAAGCUAAUAGUGGGGAUUGUAGUCGGUCUUCUGCUGGCUGCUCUCGUUGCAGGUGUUGUCUACUGGCUCUAUGUGAAGAAAUCAAAGACAGCAUCAAAACAUGUAGACAAAGAUCUUGGAAAUAUAGAAGAAAACAAAAAACUAGAAGAAAACAAUCAUAAAUCUGAAACUUAAGAGACAAAACGUGUCAGUCAUCAUUCCAGAGAAUACAUAUAGACCAAUUGAAGCAUGAACGUGGAUUGUAUUUAAACAUAUACAGAGAAGUGACAGCUAUUCAUGGUUCAAGUAUUAAACAGAUCAUACUACCAAGUUUUCAAAGGAUUUUAGACACAAUUAUCUCAAGCUGAAAAAAACCCCACAAACUAAUUUUGGCAACAGCCAUGAUAAUAGGUCACCAUGUUGUGUUCUGUUUGAAAUAUUUUUUUGUAAAUGUCUGCACUGAAGAUUUCUUUUUGUUUGCCUUUAUGUAAAUUUUUUACGUAGCUAUUUUUAUACACUGUAAGGCUUUGUUCUGGGAGUUGCUGUUAAUCUGAUGUAUAGUGUAAUGGUUUUAUUUCAAUUGUUUUUAUGACACCCUUUGAGCAGGUACAUGUCUAAUUCUGAUUGUUAUCAGUGAAGCCUCUGCUUUGUAGCAAGUACCUAGAGUGUAAGAUUGUCUUAAAGGAAAAUGUCAAGCUCCUUUUUCAUUCUUUGAAAUGACGGUAGAGAGGAAGGGUGACAGCUGUGACAAGAAUAAACUAAAUUGUUAAUAAAAGUGAACAUUUAAAAAUCCAUGCAAAGCUAGACAGCCGCAAAGGGAAUAAAGAGUUUCCACGGAGAAGGCUGGGUAUUGAGCAAGGAACACAAUGAAAAAUUCCUAGCCUACGUACAGACAGUGGCUAAUAAUCCUGUUCCUCUAAAGCAAGACACACAUUUUACUGAUACAUUAUCAGUCAUCUUUCAUGUUAGAAUUAGGAUAAGGAACUGGAAUUCUGGAUUAAUUUUGAUUCCUUUAUGUUAUCCGCUGCCUUAAAGUACUUUUAAGUACCUUUUCUUCAUUUCAAAAAGAUACCAGUGCGAAUUGGAAACUUUUUUUUAAAAAGUGGUCAUAUCAAAGCUGCAUUUUUUUUCCCACAAAAAAAGAAAAUAUAUAUAUAUAUUUUUUGUGUGUUUUUGUUAACUAUGCUACAGAUAUUGAAUGCACCUUGAGAUAAUUUUAGUGUUUUUAACUGGUACCUAAUUUAUCAAACAGUACAUAUAAUUGUAACAAUGAAACGUCUAUGUAUCUUUAGUUACAUUCAAGUUUGUAACUUUAUAAACAUGUUUUAUGCGUGAGGGAAUUUUUAGAAUGGUACUGAUAAGAAAAUGUUUUAGGGUAAAUGGCCAAUAGAAAGGUGUACUCAAGGGAGAGAAGUUUCAUCUUACGCGGAAGGUUAUUUUCUGGAAGAAAGUAACAGGAAGCUUUGAUGGAGAGGAACGGUAGAGUAAGCAGAACAUCAGGUUUCCAUUUACAAAGAUCCAGGGAAAAAGUAAGUUUUUAUAGACUGGUAGGCAAAAAUAAAUGAAUAAAUAAAAAGAAAAAGAUGGACGUGAGGAAAUGUAUUUUGCCACUUUUGCAUUAUUUAGAGGGAAGAAAACACUGUUACUUGUAAAUUUGUAAAAUGUUAAAUGUCUGGGCAGUAGUGACUGAUGUCUUAAUAAAAGCUUCCUGUAGUGCAUUGGCAUGGAUUAAAUACAUCAGAUGUCCUAUAAACUCUAUGCUGUAUAAAAUAUUGGAGGGAAAUCCUGUUACAUGCCUCUAAACUUUGAUUUGUUACUGUUUUAUUUGGCAAAAA